AUGAUCGAGCUCCAGGAAUUAAAUAUGCCGUCUAAUAGUCUAACGAUGUACGAUCGAUUGUCGUCGAUGAACCUAGGCUAUCAGCAGGGCUAUCAUAAGCACCGCAAGGUCGGUAUCAACAAUGUCCAUCAAGAUGUGCAGAAGGCGAUUACGGAUGUGCCUGUCGAACAUACAGGCAGCGGCAUUACGAAGUAUUACACGAUACGAGACUCUACCGCUACUGGUCACCCGAAGGUGAAACAACCGGAGCUGCUGGCAUACACACGAGCGGAAUUGGCCGCGUUAUACAAAAAGGCUUUGGAAAAAGGGUCAGCGAUCAGCGUAGCGUCGUUGAUGCAUGCUCUCAAUGCCGCAGGCGGCAACGGCAACGGCAACACGCCGUCCGAGGCCGGUCAUCCGCAGCUACCGGUUAAACCGAUGCACAACUACUACUUCUUCCCGCUGAAAAGUUUCGCGUCUGAGUUGCAGAGGGAUCAUCACCAAGCCGCGAUGAUUCCAAUGUACGCAGCUACGGAAAACACAGAGAGCACUCAGAAACAGCUUAUGAAUCCACUUUUCGUAGCGAUCGGUACAUUCAUUAGCAUGGCACUUCUGUUUAUGAUGGGUGUAUUGUUUUUACCGAAACUACCACAUUUAGAACUUUUCAACGCGCGAGUAGUCGACAAUGAUGAUUUUUUGCGUUUAACAACAUUUGUAAUGAAUGCCAUAGACGGACGCAAUCGCUGGCAGAACUUUAGCACAACUAGCUGAGAGUACGUAAAGACAAAGUACUGUGUUCUUAUAUUAGAGAUUGAAAAUGUUAUCAAAUGUAUGUUUCGUGUAAA